AGUUGUCAUGUAGAAAACAACAUACACAUAAUAAUAGAGCCUAUAGCUUCAUUCUAAGGCAGUUACAAAAUCGGUUACAGAGUAUCAUUGUCACUUUAUUGUUGCUAUAUUCAUCAUCAUUGUAGAGCCCUUGUUGUCGUUUGCAUUUGCCUCUACACCAAUUAAUUAGUUGCUACCAAAAAUGGCGUCUCACCAACAAGAACCAUGGCUUCUUGAGAAUGGAAAUGUGAAGGUGUUGACCAAGGAAAUGCGGCAGGGCCACGGCCGGAGCCGUACUGCCCACAACAUGUCCUCCUCUUCUCUUAGGAAGAAAUCCGACCGGACCCUCGUAUCGAAGGUUCGGUGCGGAUUGCUAAGGAAUUUGUUGGUUAACAUCCAAGAAGUUAUUCUGGGGACAAAGUUGUCCAUCUUGUUCCCUGCAAUUCCCAUUGCCAUCAUUGCCCAAUGCUAUGGCCUUGGAAGACCAUGGAUUUUCGCAUUGAGCUUACUUGGGCUUACACCGCUUGCUGAACGUGUCAGCUUCCUCACAGAACAAGUUGCAAUUUACACUGGUCCUACAGUUGGAGGGCUUCUAAAUGCAACAUGUGGAAAUAUUACUGAGCUGGUCAUAGCAAUAUUUGCACUGAGUAGUAACAAAGUUGAUUUGGUGAAGUAUUCUCUACUGGGUUCUAUCCUCUCAAACCUUCUGCUGGUUCUUGGAACCUCUCUCUUGUGUGGUGGCAUUGCAAACCUUGCAAAGGAACAAAAAUAUGACAGAGAGGAUGGAGAUGGUGAGAAUGGUUCAGAUGAUGAAGAAGCUGUGAUUGGAGUGUGGAGUGGUGUUGCAUGGCUGGCUGGGAUGACUGUCUUCAUUGCCUUGUUAUCUGAAUAUGUGGUGGACACAAUUGAGGAAGCAUCAGAGUCAUGGGGUCUUUCUGUAAGCUUUCUCAGCAUAAUUUUGCUACCAAUUGUUGGCAAUGCAGCUGAACAUGCAGGAGCAAUCAUAUUUGCUUUCAAGAACAAGCUGGAUAUCACGUUGGUUUUUUUUUUUUUUUUUGGGUUUAAUUUCUUUCUUAAAAUGUUAUUUAUUUCUCUAUGAUAUAUUGAACCAAAUAUACUCUUUUAUUAUCAUGGAAUAAAGAUUUAUCUAUUAGGAUUUAUACUCUUUCAAAUGGUGAAAUCAUAUCUCAUUUACAAAAGCUACAUAUUUUGACUUUGAAUUUUAAUUUAAUCUCUAAAUGAAAUUUAAGGCAUUGACAAAAUCUCCAUCCUCCUGUUUUCAUAGGAUGGUACAUCUCACUACAUGAAAGGGCUUAUUCUUCUUUUGUGCUACGUUGUCAUUGGUGCUUGCUUCUUUGUACAAAGAACACCCUUAAACCAAGUGAAUGUUAACAACACAUUCAAGUCAGGAAGUGAUGCAGUUUUAAGUGCUUAAUAGGCUUUGGCCUAUGAUUGGUCCCUUGUGAGAUGAAGGAUAGUGGCAUCAUCAAAACUCAAAUGUUGAUUCGUUGAAUUGUUUAUUGGUUUCAAUAUUCUAUCAUCCAUCCAUCCACCGGUCAUAUAUCCAGACACAAGGCAGAAGAGUUUUGAAGCAGCAUUGCAUGUUAUUUAUUCAAUUGCAAGCUAUGAAUUGAUCUGAACUCUGCAAGUGAUGAAUCUGUGUCCAAGAUUUUCAAUCAUUAGUAUGAUGUAUCAUAUAAUUGUGGCCUAGCUAGCUAGUGGGUAUCGAGGUUAAUUAAGUUGGUUAUUUUAUUUUAUUUUAUUAUCAUGUACUUAAGUAAUUCUGAAAUAAAUGGAAGGUAAUUGUUCUUGCAUGGUGAAUUUGUGGUUGAAUCAUUAAAGAAAGUUUCUUGAGUUUGAAGAGAAUAUUUACUCCAUUUGGUGUAGUUUCU